AUGAAAUGGGAGAGAGGGUCAACACCUGAUGAUAUUAAAGCAAAAUGUUUUCAAUUAUGUGUCGAUUAUUUGGGAGGCGUUUGGAGUCAUAUAUCCAUCGAUGACAUCGAAGUAAAGCGAUUGAGCGGUGGUCUCACGAAUCAGUUAUACUAUUGUGCUCUCAAUGAAGACCUGAGGAAUAGUGAUGAGACUGAACCACAAGAAGUGGCCAUCAGAUUGUAUCAGGAUAAACAUUUCAAUAAUUGGGACAAUGAGGGCAAUGAGAGACUGACGGAUGUUAUUAUAGCACUCAUUAUGUCUGAGAAGAAUUUGGGACCAAAAAUAUACGGACUCUUCGAAAGCGGACAAAUCAUGGCUUACUAUCAACACAAAUGCUUCCGAAGUGAAGAACAAAGUGAUCCAAAACUCGUUCAAAAAGUAGCCCAAAAGUUGGCGAGAAUUCACUCAACAGUUAUACCCAUAAAGAAGAAAACAAAUUUUGUUUUCAACUUCUUUGACAACUUUUAUGCAGAGGCCUACAAACUGUUUGAUAUAAAAUCAUUGAUCGAUGAAUACAAUUGUGAGACAUUGAAAGCACACGAUUUGAAGGAAGAGUUGGAAUGGCUUAAGGAAACUAUCAUUAAAACUGAUUCUCCGGUGACUUUUGCUCACAUCGACUUCAGAGGAUCUAAUAUUAUGGUGACAGAGAGUAAUGACAUAAUGUUGUGUGACUUUGAGUACUCAUGCAAUGAGUAUCGGGGCUGG